AUGGAUAACGACACGGAUCAAAGUGAUGAAAAUUACUACGAUGAUGAUGAUGAUGAUGAUGAUACUUUCAGUAGAGUUGGCGAUCCACCUCCAUUGCCUGAUGUCUGUCAAGAUGAAACUCAAGGCAUCGAAUCCAUUGCUGCGUGUUUUAUGCGACGAUAUGAUGCUUGUCCUGCAUUCUUUGUUGGUUCUCUUCGGAAUGCUUGCCAAGCAGCGUUCAGUUCGGAAACAGUUACAGAGCGUCUUCCAGUUCUUGUCUAUUUACACAACGAGGAUAGUAUAGACAGCAAUGUAUUUUGUUCAAAAAUAUUCUGUUCAGAGAUCAUCAUCGACUAUCUAGCUCAUAACUAUAUCGUUUGGUGCUGGGAUAUUACAAACGAAUUGAAUAGGAACAAAUUUUCGCAAAUCUGGUUAGAAUUGUUUUCUUCGACACCCCUGGAUGGAUAUUUUGUCGAUAAAUUUCCGAUGUUGAUUGGCAUUAUGCGAGAAAAUCCUAGGUUACAACGAUGGUCGUCACUAUCUGAAUACGAAUUUAAAACUCUGUCGACACGCGACACGUUAACACGCAUCUCUUGUCAGUUAACUCGAGAAACGUUAUUACAAGAACUCAUCAUCUUCAAAGAAGAAUUUGAUGAACGUGAAAAACGUCCUUCAUCCAAUAUUCUUACUUCCAGUAAACUUUGCACGGAUGUCUUUUUGGAAAUAUUUCAAUAUCUCUCCCUAUACGAUAUAAUGAACGCAUUUUCCGAUGAUGCUAUUUCUCUGUUGUGUAAGUACAAGCUACCAGUGCACUUGUCUAUGACUUCUCCAGCAUUCAUGAACGGUAUUAUGCGAAAACUUGAUCGAAAGCAAAUUGCUUCUUUACAAUGGAAUGUGUUUUCAACAAAUCCACAAGUAUCUUUAAGCUCCUUAACGAUAUACACCAAUGUCGUCUCACUGACUCUUCUCGGUUCAUCCAAUAGUAGUGAGAUCGGUCAAUACGCAGCAUGUUUUCCACAAUUGACACGAAUUUCUCUUUGCUACAUAAAAGAGGCUGAUUUCAAUCAAUUAAAAUAUUGUUUAACUCAACUUCCUAGAUCAAUAAGACGAUUCGAAGUUCACUGCAGUAGAGUGAUAUAUGUCGUCGAUAGCAUGUUGACCCAGCUAAAUCAAAUAAAAAUCCAAAACGAGAAUAUUGAUUAUUUCUUACUUGAAGUUGGUUGCUCUCCUGUAUCACUUGCGCACCAAUAUUAUCUAAAUUGUUACUCAAGUGGUCUACAAAUGAUACUUGAUUUUAUUAAAAAUUUAACUAGCGUUCGAUAUGUUCAUUGCAUGGCGGAUCAGGCUAAUUUGUUCAUGCUGCAAGAUUGGAAUGAGUGGAAAAAUCUUCUUCCCGUAUGUCGACAACUGAAGAAGAUUACACUACAAACAUGGCGACAUACACCAUCUGGAGAAAAAUAUAUAAAGAAAGUUCUGGAGCUGCAGAGAGUUCGCACAUAA